GCCCCGCCGCGCUGCCAUGGCGCCGAGGCGGCGCCGGGGCCUGGCCGCGGCGGGCUCCCUGCUGCCGCUGCUCUGCGCGCUGCUCCGCGCUGCCGCCGAUACCAGCACCGGCCGGGGUUGGUUAAAAACUUAUGGCUACUUGCUUCCAUCUGACAGCCAAAUGUCUGCCGCGCAGUCGGGAAAAGCUGUGCAGUCUGCAGUGGCCACUAUGCAACAGUUUUAUGGGAUCCCAGUAACAGGAGUUUUGGACCAAACAACUCUUGAGUGGAUGAAGAAGCCUCGAUGUGGAGUUCCUGAUCAUCCCCACUUAGGCCACAGCCGGAGGAAAAAGCGCUAUGCACUGACAGGGCAAAAAUGGAGGCAGAAGCACAUAACCUACAGUGUGCACAACUAUACCCCCAAGGUUGGAGAGCUUGAUACAAGGAGAGCCAUUCGUCAGGCGUUUGAUGUUUGGCAAAGAGUGACACCGCUUACCUUUGAAGAGGUCCCCUACCACGAAAUUAAAAAUGACAGGAAGGAGGCCGAUAUUAUGAUAUUUUUUGCCUCUGGUUUCCAUGGAGACAGCUCUCCGUUUGAUGGAGAAGGUGGAUUCCUAGCUCACGCUUACUUUCCUGGACCAGGAAUAGGAGGGGACACUCACUUUGAUUCAGAUGAGCCGUGGACCCUGGGAAAUUCCAAUCAUGAUGGGAAUGAUCUCUUUCUGGUUGCAGUCCAUGAGCUGGGACAUGCCCUGGGUCUGGAACACUCCAAUGAUCCCAGCGCAAUUAUGGCUCCUUUCUACCAGUACAUGGAAACACACAACUUCAAACUGCCCCAGGAUGACCUCCAAGGAAUUCAGAAAAUCUAUGGUCCUCCUAUUGAGCCUCUGGAGCCAACCAGGCCUUUACCAACUCUUCCUGUUCGCAGAAUUCAUUCCACUUCGGAAAGAAAACACGAGAGACAGCCUAGACCUCCCAGUCCUCCUCUAGGUGACAGGCCGUCUCCUCCUGGCACAAAACCAAACAUCUGCGAUGGCAAUUUUAACACCGUGGCUCUCUUUAGAGGAGAAAUGUUUGUUUUCAAGGAUCGCUGGUUCUGGCGUCUGCGCAACAACCGGGUGCAGGAAGGAUAUCCCAUGCAAAUUGAGCAGUUCUGGAAAGGGCUCCCUGCAAAGAUUGAUGCAGCCUAUGAGAGAUCUGAUGGAAAAUUUGUUUUCUUCAAAGGAGAUAAAUACUGGGUUUUCAAGGAAGUGACAGCAGAGCCAGGAUACCCACACAGUCUCGUGGAGCUGGGGAACUGCCUGCCCCGGGAAGGCAUCGACACGGCUCUGCGCUGGGAGCCUGUAGGCAAGACCUACUUCUUCAAAGGAGACAGGUACUGGAGGUACAACGAGGACAAGAGAGCGACGGACCCAGGAUACCCAAAGCCCAUCACUGUGUGGAGAGGAAUCCCUCAGGCUCCACAAGGAGCUUUUAUCAGCAAAGAGGGCUUUUAUACCUACUUCUACAAGGGGAAGGAGUAUUGGAAGUUUGAUAACCAGAGGCUGAACGUGGAGCCAGGCUACCCCAGGUCAAUCCUCAAAGACUGGAUGGGCUGCAACCAGAAGGAUGUCGAGCGAAGCAAAGACAGACGCCUCCCCCACGACGAUGUGGAUAUUAUGGUGACAAUAAAUGAUGUGCCUAGCACUGUAAAUGCAAUUGCAGUUGUGAUCCCUUGCAUUUUGUCUCUGUGUAUCCUUGUCUUGGUGUACACGAUCUUCCAGUUUAAAAACAAAGAGGUGCAGCAGAAUGUUGUGUACUACAAAAGACCUGUCCAGGAGUGGGUAUGACACAGCCAGCUGCACAUCGACCCGAUGAGGAUAUGGACAAAAAAAAACGGAAAAAAAAUGCAUUCAGAGCCUACCAAACAAAACUACUUCAGUGACUUACAAAGUUUUGGACAUCCUGGGACUGAAAGCAGCAGGAAAACUGGAAAAAAAUACAGGCGGUGUGGAGCCUCGUUCCUUCAAAAUGCCUCAGUCGUGUAAGUCUUGGUGUGCCAUUCUCCACAGGCCCACUCUGCAAACAUCAGAGACUUCAAGACAGGUUUUCUUCAACCUUCUCAGCUGUUCUGGGAAACUUCUGUCAGUUCCCUGCACCAGUGCUCCCUGUUAAACCCAGCAUUCUCCAGUGUAGCUAAACCACCUCUGAACAGAACCAUUUUUUUAAUAGCUCUCAUAAAUGAAUUAAGAUCAUGAAACCUAUGAACAGGAACAAUUCAGUAUCGUAAGCAGAAGACAUUCUGAUGCUGAGCCAUUCUAAGAGAUCUUCUUAGUUUAUUACAAAAACCAGGGAAUAAACCUGGAAACAAUUUUCCAAUACCUGCUGGUCAGAUGUUUUGUACAUUCAUAACUAAUCAACGCUGCCACUCAGCACCGUGCACGAGGAACCAUUCAGCCCUCCAGGAGGUCAACGAGUGCUGAGCAGAAGCUCACCAAGCACCAAACCAGACACCAUAAUGUUACUUGGCAACAUCGAGUCCUACUUGGGACAGUCUGAAGACAAGCUAAUUGCAUAUAACAGCACCAAUUAUGGGAAUACACGUUUUUGUUUUGGGAGCCAUUGGUGAAAGAAUGAUGUCAUGGGAUCUUAAGCUCCCACGAGCCAGGAAGCCGUGGUUACCAAUGUAAUGGAAAAUGUAUAAAUGUAGACUGCACUCUGCCCCCGUUAAGAUGCUGGGAAAAGAUGAAUUGUUGUUAUGUGGCAUGUGUAACUAGAUUGUGGAAUUUGUACGUUGGGUUUCAGGAGAAUGGAAAUGUGUUUGGAGUGAGAUCGUCAGUAUGUUUUGCUGCAAUAGUCGAGGUACAGUGAGAAUUAGGCCUGUUUAUAAGACAAAAUCCAAUCCCUGUAGAUGUUACAAACAUUGUAUGCCUUUGAAAUUUUGUUUUUGCUCACUUCUUCACGUGCAAAUAUUUGGCAAGGACCAAAGGAAGCAUGUCACACAGUAGAAUGAGUUCAUCGCUAGCUGCAGUUGACAGAGCCACAAACCUCAGGCAGAGGCUACACAAAUUCCUGGGCCUCCAGUCAGUAACUUUUCACAGCCCUCUUCUUACAGCAGUAGCUUCUGCUUAUCCCUGUGACGACUGUGAAUGGUUUGGGGUGUUGGGUCCUAACCCUAACGUGUGUACAGCUCAUUUUGUUGUUGAUUCUGACAGUCCCACCAAGUCAAAUAAGAGAAGUCUCUUGCAGUGCAAUCUGAUGGCUAAAUCCAGCCCUCUAUGAAAGUGCCAUUCACAUAAGCAUACGAACUGCUCUGCACGCCCACUGUAGGGAACAGGUGAUUAGUGCAAGCCCUCUGCCUAUGUAACUGAAUGUUAUUCAGUGCAAUGGAAGUGCAAUGCACAGAAUGUCCAGCUAGUUUAGAAAAGUACAACCCCAUAAUAUCAGCUAUGAAAAAAAAAAUAUCCAAGGAUUUUUAUUUUCUUGACAAACGUGCUGUAAGUAUUUGUAAUUACAAUGAUGAGGAAUGAAAAAGCAGAAAGAUUGUUUGCAUUCUGAAUUUCUAACUAGUGCUCAAACAUUGCUAUGGCGAAGCCAGAUAGACCAAUAGGUAUUUCAUAGUGAAGCCCACUAGGACUGCACAACACGUGGUCUCCAACUGUAUUUUGUCUUUCAUGAUUAAUUUCCAUAUCCACAUUUUCUUAUUGUUUAAGCAUAAAAUGUAUUACAAAGAUAUUAUGAAAUAAGUGAGAAGCUAGUAGAUGCAAAACUGAAUCUUAGUGAAAAAAUGUGGUAAUGUCUUAUGAUGGGUGAAGGAGUGCAAAGGACCAAAUGAAAUCAGAGCUACUAAUUAGACACCCCCCAUACACGCUACUCCGUACGUUGCUAUGUGUACUAUUUAUGUGGUAGAAUGCACACUAUGAAUGCCACAGCCACAUGGCACAUGGAACUCAUCUGUACGCUGCCAUCUCUGGGACUGUGACAGCCCGAACCUUUGAGCAACUUCCAACAGCCAUCAUUAAAAAAAAUAAUAAUUUACAACCGGGAGAAAUGUCUGCUUUUGUUCAUUUGGGUUUUUUUUCUCCUCGUAGCCAAAGGUUGGCUUUGCUUUCCUUCAGGACUUCACGCUGUGCAGUGAGCACAAUAUGAGGGUCUGUAGGAAGCUCAGCUGUUUGCUCACCCAGCUCUCUGCCUUGCAGCAGUGAGGUAAGCCUUGUGCCCCACAGUGCCUCAAGACCUGCAGCUUUAAGGAACUUGGUACCUUUUGUAACUACCUCUUAAUUUGACUCCUAGUGCGUGCCCACUUUGGAGGUGCAGGCUGCAUCCUGGUCUGUGAUUUCUGAGGGCCAGGAUCCAGGAGCAGAUAUCCAUGUAGGACACAGCUCCUUAGGCUCCCACAUCCAAGCUCUUCGCUGGGAUCCUGUCUGAUGCUACACAAGCACAGCAUCUGAGUUCAACCCAGCCUAUCUCCCACCAGCACAGGUAAAGCAUCUCCACAGACAGGUGGCCACACUGCAGCUCUUGUCCAGCAGCACAGCACCAGGACAUAUUGCCACCACAGGGGAGGAGGAACAUCAGCGCUUACCCAACUCUACCCCACAAGCACGGGGCUCUUCCAAGCGUGUUCUUGGCACAGCACACCCUGCUCUGCAGCACAGGCCAUCUGGGCAGCAGGAGGGGUGUCCUGGCACACCCACCCUAAGCACAGCAGUUGCAGCUCCGGCAAAGAGCUGCCCAUUACGUGCUCUAUUUUGCACUCAGUUCUGUACUGAUUCAUUCAUUCUUGACUAGCGUGAAUAAUCUGAUCACCAGUACAGCAGGUCCAUUUUUCCAGGUAAGUUUAAGUAUGCUGGGAUGUACCAACCACUAGUCAGAACAGAAGUGGUCCUUCGUAAUCAGGCAUUAAACCUCAGAGGGAUCUCCUGUCUCACCCUGCCAUCAACACAUCAGUCAGUUCUCAGCCUUACAAGUGAGAGUGAGGCAGUCUGAGCAAACUGCACUGCACUGAUCCACUGCCCUGCCCCAACAGGGCACAGCUGAGCUCCCUCUGACAUCCCAGUGAAAGAUCCAAUCAUUUACUCUGACAUUUUCCCCCAUCUGGCACAAACAUUAUUAUGUUUGUGAUUA